AUGCGACGCAAUGGCCGCACCUUUUCGCAGGGUGUUGACCUGCGCGGGCCACUGGCCCUCUCAGUGACACAGCGUGAGGGUGCAGCAAAGCCACCGCGCAGGCCUCGACAGUACCCAGUGCAUGCUGAUGCUGGGGGACAUGUUGAAGUGCAACAACCAGGGCCACAUUUGGAGGAAUGUCCCCAGGGCUCUGCAAUCAUGGAACGGACUUUGCGCUUGGUGGCACUUCUGCGCGAUGCUGAAGAGGUAAAAGCGCCAAAAGGGGUCCCUUGUGAAGGAAAAGUUGUCAGCUUUGACAAUGCACUCGCUUUCCUACAACGUUACCUAUGCUUCUUGCGAGAUUUGGGCCCGGAAACGGCAAGUCCUCAGGUGACGUUCCACUGGACAGCCGAAGAGAACUUUGAGAGCAUUGUUGAGAGCAACCUGAAAGUGCCAGCAGCAGAUCCAGCCGAUGGGAGUGCUGUCAAAAAGAAGCAUGGCGCAGCCUUUGGCCGUGGCAUAUAUACAUGUCCAGACUACAAAAUGGCGAAAGAGGACUUCUCCUAUGGUGCCAGCGCUACUUUUGCCUGUUUGGCCCUUACUGGGCGUCAGCUGACCCGCCACCAUGGCAAGGGGCAUGGACGCUCCGACAGUCGUGGCCCAGAUUUUGACAGCGUCGCUGGACGGUUGCCAGGAAGGAAUUGCUGCACCUGGGUGUUUCCAGCGAGCGAUCAAAUCCUCCCGUGUUUCCUGGUUGAUGAAGUAGCUAUUCCGGCUGCUGUGGCAAAGCUUCGACAAGCCAUCGCCCUCAUCCGAGAAGCAUGGCCCGAUGCCGAUGCAAACCCACAAGCUGCACCCACGUCUACUGGCAGCGAAGAAAUCAUGGAGGCAGAGGAAGCUGAAGCUGACGAUGCUACAACUUCCCGUUGGCGUCGCAGUUCAGAGAAAUCUCACUCAGGUGUGCGAAGCAAGCCCAGCGACACACAGGCUGGCGAGCUGCCAUAUGGAGGAGACCUUCAGGCAGCAAUGCGGGCCCAGGAUCGGCCUGCGGUCAAGUUGCUGAUGGCUGUUCGCGAUCAGAACCCUAACCAAGUGCCCCAGGUUAGCUCAUCCAAAGGUGGGCGCCGGUGGGGCACAAAGAAGGCGGAGGACAUUCAGCAGUGUGCGACAUCUGUAGCAAGGCCGCCGAUGCGGGGUGUUUCGCAGAAAACUGGCGAUCUUCUUCGAGCAACGGAAGACUACAUCGUACACCAAUGCAACUGUGUGUAUGCUGGCCGGGCACAGGGAAUUGCAGAAUCCAUCUUUGAUGCUUUCCCAGAUGCCGACGUUUAUCGACAACGUGUGGAGCGAGGACGUCCACAUGACCCACCGGGCACACUGAGCAUUCAUGGCCGGAUUGUGAAUUUCUACUCUCAGCUGCUUCCAGGGCGGCCAGCAGAUGACGCACCCCCCGGUGGUUGGUCAACUGCACGCUUUGUUGGUGGACCGCAGGCAGCUCAGGACACCCGUUCCAACCGCCUUCGUUGGUUUAAAGAUUGUCUCAAGGCUCUCUUUCGCAGCCUCCAGAGUGCAAGCGUGGCGUUUCCAGCUCGCAUUGGCUGUGGCCUCGCAGGUGGGAGAUGGCCAGAGUAUCUCGCUGCAUUGACGCAAUUCAGCCAGGAGCACCCAGACUGGAGGAUUGCUAUCUAUGACAUCGAAGAUAUUCCUCAGGCAGUUGCUGCCGGUGCCAACCUCCAGGUACAGGUACCGGAUCCUAUGCUGAAGGCAGAUGGUGAUAUUAUCCAGGGACGGAGCAAUGGUCAGUAUUCCAGUAGUUCUGGAUUCUGGAGCAGUGGUGCAACGUUUGAAGCCUUGCGAAACGGACAGUGGAUAGCCUAUGCGGAGGCACACCAGGCGGAGUUGCGAGGCGCGCUUCAACGAGAAGAUGACUGCACUGAAGUCAUGGUUGAUAGUGAAAGGCGCCAGGCUCUGGCAACUCUAGCAGAAAUGGGCGUUUGCCCCAGAUCCCUUGGGAAUGUGGACGGCGAAGCUGCUAGCCUUGUUGCUCGUUUGGACGGCAGUGGCAACAUUCAAGUGAAUCUCGCGGCACUUGUAUCUGCAGCCGAUUGCGGUGAGGAGAGGACUGCCGAUGGCAAGACCAAGGUUCGCUUGAGACUCCCUGCAGUCAGGGAAGGUGAGCUUCGCCUUCCUGCAGACCUGGACCUUGGCUCCUGCCCAACCGUGAAGGACUGUGGCCGCAGUGUAGAUGCAGAGCAGCUGCAACCAGAUUGUACCUGUGGCAUUUGCCUUGGCGAGCUUGUCAGCAGAAGGCGGUGCCCCUCAGUACUGGAGCUUGACUGUGGCCAUUGCUUUCAUGAGAGCUGCUUGGAGCGCUGGUUCGAAGAGAGAAGGCGAUGUCCGACCUGCAAACGACGCUUUGGCCAUUUGGUUGGCAACCAGCCCAGCGUGGGCACCAUGAGCUGGCGACUUGACAGCCGUGUGCGGCUUGCUGGACAUCCAGACAGCUUCACCAUUGUGCUGACCUUCCGCUUUCCGGGAGGGAGAGAUUCAAAUGGAGAGUCUUACAGGGGACGAUCGCAGCAAGCCUAUUUGCCCCACAAUGAGAGUGGAAAGCUGCUGUUGGCCUUGUUUCAGCUUGCUUUCAGGCGGCGUGUGCUUUUCGACCUUCGUGUCUCAGCGACGGACCAGAAGUAUUGGCCCGCUUUCAACAUUCACCUCAAGACAGCAAUCUCGGGAGGUCCAGAGCGAUUUGGAUUUCCAGAUGACGGCUACUGCCAGCGUGUCAUUGAGGAUAUCGGGCAUGCAAGGCCCUUAAAGCUCUACAGCACAGCAGUCUCUGCGAAAUUUCCCUCGCGGCAAGCCUGGGCUUGGGAGAAUGACGAAGCAACGUGGGCUUCUUGUGUUGCCCAGGAACGGCCGUCCAAGCUGUGGAGCCGCCUGAAGGUAGCGCCCGUGGCACCUGUGGCGCCCGUGGCCAGUGAGCCUGUGAAGUCAACUAAGCCAGCUGAGGCUUUCAAUUCUCUUCUCAAAUGGGAAGUUUCCGUGCGAAGCGCAGUGCUGGAGUUGAAGUUGCAUGUGAAGCUCUCCGCUGGGUCCCAAAAGUCAAGGGUCGCAGAAUCCUUUGGACACAAUGCUAUCCCGCGAUGUGCGAUUCAUGUGUGGGUAGAAGGACCGGAUGGUACUCAGCUGGCAGAAGCUCGUGGAAGCGUAUGUCCCAAGAACACUCGCAGUGCCAUCCACGUCCACUGGAUUUGUCGGGCGAAGUCCUGUCGCGAGUGUCCUGAAGACAAGUGGCGUUUGAUAGAGGAGCACCCGCGGCCUUCAAGAGCCAAACGGCCAUGGACGAUUCCACAGGCCCUCCUUAGUAUUUUGGCAACGAUUGGAGAGUCUUUUGGUAUGGCCAGAGUGGAACUUGGUGCAGAAGAUCAAGGUUCACAAAAACUAAUCCAGUACUACCUGGACUUGGGCUUCAGGGGCACCACUGAUCGCCCAGUUUUGGGCGAGCUCAGUAUGGAAGCCCCGGUUGCUCACAUUUCAGCCUUCGCCCCUCAGAGCUGGAUCGCAAAGCUACCCUUGGCGGACUUCAACGCUUGGUCGUGGUUGUGGGGCUCCAUGCAGAGACCAAGCUUGAGCUCCAUUGUCAACCUCAUGGGAGCGCCAGACAUGUGGCAAUGGAGAGUAGACUGGCCUCCGUGUGCCGAGCUGCAAAUCCGGACUUCUUGGCUUUCUGAUGACGCCAACCCGAAGGUGACAAUUUCUGCACAUCUUCGACGGCCACAAGGUGAAUUAGCAUAUUGCCGGGCGGUGUGUCGAUUGAAGCAGCGAAGUGUCCGAGUGAUUUGGAUUGGCAGCAGCGGCUCUAAGCCAGCACAUGCUUCUGUUCGGGGCCGAUUGCUGGAUGGCAGCGUUGGCAGUGACAGUGACAGAAAGGUCACCAUUGCAGCUGCUUUGCUUGGUUCCACUGCGGCUAUGGCACGAUGGUUUGGUACAGAAAUCCUGGAGCUCACAGUCAUGGACAAUGGCUCUGGAAAGCUCUUGAACUAUUUGUUGAGCUUGGGUUUUAGAGAGAGCGGAGGUCCUGGCUCAGAUGGUGUAUCAACUUCUUGCGAGCAGUUUGCUAUGGAGUACUGUCCAAAGGCUUGGCGCGAACGAUUACCGCCAGACUCAAAUCUGUCGAUGCUGGCGAAGCUGUUUGACUCGUGAUGACUCGUGAUUAGCCCAAGGCCAGGUCAC